GCGGAAGCCCCGGGAAGAUGGCGGCGGCGGGGAGAGCCCGGGGCGGGCGCGGGAUGGAGGCGGCUGCCGGCGGUUGCCGGGUGCUGCUCCCGGCGUGGUGGGGCUUGUUCCGGAGGCUGCUUCUUUCCGUGCUGGCCGUGGGCUCCUGCCAGGGGAACUCUGUGGAGAGGAAGAUUUACAUCCCCCUGAACAAAACGGCACCGUGUGUUCGCCUCCUGAAUGCCACCCACCAGAUCGGCUGCCAGUCGUCCAUCAGUGGAGACACAGGAGUGAUCCAUGUGGUUGAGAAGGAGGAGGAUCUAAACUGGGUGCUUGCUGAUGGCCCACACCCACCCUACAUGAUACUCCUAGAUGGGAACCUCUUCAACAGGAGGGUAAUGCUGCAGCUGAAAGGAACCUCCAGAGUGUCAGGCCUUGCUGUGGCCAUUGCCAAACCUAACCCUCCCCAGGGAUUCUCUCCUGGUUUGAAGUGCCCCAAUGAUGGGUUUGGUGUCUAUUCCAAAGAUUACGGCCCUCAGUUUGCUCACUGCAAUAAGACCGUGUGGAAUCCUCUGGGCAGUGAGCUUUCAUAUGAAGAUUUUGACUUCCCUAUUUUUCUCCUUGAAGAUGCCAACGAGACACAAGUUAUUAAGCAGUGUUAUCAAGACCACAACAUCCCUCGUGGUGGAUCUGGCCCUGAGUACCCUCUCUGUGCCAUGCAGCUUUUUUCGCACAUGCAUGCUGUCACCAGCACAGUCACCUGCAUGAGACGCAGCUCCCUGCAGAGCACCUUCAGCAUUAACCCAGAGGUUGUUUGUGAUCCUCUUCUUGAUUACAAUGUGUGGAGCACCUUACAACCCAUCAAUUCCUCUGGCAAAGUCGAUCCUGAGAAGGAAGUUAUUAUUGUAGCUACACGAAUUGACAGCCAUUCCUUCUUCUGGAACAUUGCACCUGGGGCAGAGAGUGCUGUCUCUUCUUUUGUCACCCAUUUGGCUGCUGCUGAAGCUCUUCAUAAAGCAUCAGACAUUCAUUUGCUGCAAAGGAAUGUGAUGUUCACCUUCUUCCAAGGGGAGACCUUUGAUUACAUUGGCAGCUCACGGAUGGUCUAUGACAUGGAGAAAGACAAGUUUCCUCUUGGCUUGAACAACAUCCAUUCAUUUGUGGAGUUAAAUCAGGUGGCUCUAAGGAACGAUUCAGUGCUGUGGAUGCACACAGACCCUAUCUCUAGGCUGAAUGGAUCUGUUGAAGCUAAGGUUAGGAACUUGCUAGAUACCCUGAGAAACAGCAGCCUGGGAGCCAAUGUGUCCUUGCAGGAAGCUGAAUUUUCCCAGCCUCUUCCCCCAUCCUCCUUCCAGCGCUUCCUCCGGGCCAGGCCCAUCCCUGGAGUGGUUCUAACUGACCAUCAAACCGCCUUCCAGAACAGAUACUACCAGAGCAUGUACGACACUCCAGAGAACAUCCACAUGCAGUACCCUGAGGGGCUUAGCCCCGAGGAGACCUUGGAGUAUGUCACAGACACAGCCAAGUCCCUGGCAGAAGUUGCCACAGUGGUCGCCCGUGCUCUGUACAGACUUGCAGGGGGAGCCAACAACACCUCUGCUAUCCAGGCAGAUCCAAAAACGGUCACUCGAAUGCUCUAUGGGUUUACAAUCAAAAUGAACAAUUCCUGGUUUCAGUCCAUCAUUAAACCAGACCUAAAAGGAAUUCUGGGUGAUGAAGUUCCUCAACACUACGUUGCAGUUUCCAGCCCUGUGAACACUACCUACCUUGUGCAGUAUGUGCUGGCCAACCUCACAGGCACAGUUGUUAACCUCACCAAGGAGGACUGCCAGAACCCUGAAAAAGUACCCAACAGUGAGAUAGAAAUGUAUGAAUAUGCCUGGGUGCAGGGUUCCCUUUAUCCUAACUCAACAUUACGAGUCCCCUACUGUGUCAGGUCAGCUGUUCACCUGAGCAAAGCACUCUCUCCUGCCUUUGAGCUCAGGCAGUGGGGCUCUACAGAGUAUUCCACGUGGACAGAGAGUCGGUGGAAAGAGAUCCGUGCCCGAAUAUUCCUGGUAGCCAGCAAGGAGCUAGAGAUCAUCACUUUGCUUGUGGGCAUUGCUAUUCUGGUCUUCUCUCUCCUUGCCACGUACUUUAUCAACGCCAAAGCAGAUGUACUUUUCAGCAUCCCACGGGAGCCAGGGGCUGGGGCUUACUGAAGAUGCUCUUGGGGGUUUGAAAGUCUUAAACCCUUGGAUUCCAAUUGUCAAAGAGGAAAAACUACACUGGAAAAAUACCUUUCCCUCUGGAUAGGAACAUGAAUGGUUCUCUCCAGAGCUUCCAUGCUCAAAUUCCGCGGACUCAGCCCCUCAAACACAAGAGACCUUCCCAGAAAACCAUGCCCUGA